AUGCCCUCCGCCAUGCUGAUGGACACCUACUGUGACGAACGUCCUGAGAUUCUCAUCGUCCACAGGACGGACAGUCAAAUCUUUAACCUCUGGCGGAUACACUUCCGGUCGAAUGUACUCACAAUUCCCGUCCAUGAACUUCUCUUCGCAAACGACUGCGCUCUCAACAUCACCUUGGAAGGGCACAUGCAAAGGAGCAUAUAUCUCUUCACCGCUGCUGGCGACAACUUCGGCUUGGUCAUCAACACGGAGAAAACGGUGGUUAUGCGUCAACUGCCACCCGAUGCUGCCGAGGUCACACCCCACAUCAACGUGAAGGAAACUUAA